AUGGAACCUAACAAUGUGUUGAUGAGUUUGAAAAUAUCAAGACAACCUACUGGACCCAACGACGCAUCACUAGAGGAAAAGGAGGCCAUACGAGUUCCAGUCUACGACGACGUGCUCGAAAUAGAAAUAAUUGAGCCGUCAAGCAAAGAUCUGGACAUUCAAUCAGCUACGUCGAACAAUACAAAACAAAGAAAACUUGAAUAUUCAAAAAUCUCAAGAUCCCUCAGAAUGCUAGAAGCUAUUUGUCAGGGAAAUGCGAAAACUUUUGUCGAUGGCGCUUCGAACAAACAUGGUGUCGGAUUGGGUAUCGUUUUGAUCUCACCAGAUGAACUGACCAUAGAACAUGCAAUCACACUUGGGCUGCCAGCAUCAAAUAACAAGACCGAGUACAAAGCACUGCUAGCUGGGCUAAAAAGUGCGCUUCGACAAAGAGCAAUCGAGUUAAUGGUCUACAGUGAUUCAAAGCUCAUCGUCAACCAGGUGUCCGAAGAAUACGAGGCCAAGGAAGACAGAAUGGUCAAAUACUAG